AUGCCUUUAGAGUAUGGUGCCUUCAUGGCAUCCCACAACCUCAAUACAGAUUUUCCUGUGGGUGAGGUACUCAUGGAUGACAGGCCUGUCAUUCUACGAGGAUAUGACGGGAUACUGCAUUGUCGAUUUAGAGGUGAACCAUUGGCUGUCUACUGGGAAAAGGGGCCAGAUUUGGCAUCAGCAACAAAACUAGUCUCGUGGCAUCCACCUACGGGAGGAAUUCGUGUGCAGUCGUAUGGGAUCGGAAAGUACAACCUUACGGAAGACUUUUCCUUGGUGAUCCAUGACGUCGAGGAUAAUGACGCAGGACGGUACAUAUGUAUAGUAUCUGACUUCAGAGGUUACGAACUCAGCAAUCACACUGUGGCCACAGUUAAAGUUCCACCCCAGGAACCCUUCCCAACAAUUGACCAAUGCCCAUCAGGAUCAACCGGAAGUAAGGCCAACUCGUGUACGUUGACCACCGAGAUAGGUGAUGACACGACAGCACUAACAUGUCGUGCUCGCGGUGCGCCGAGAGGCGUCGUCUCGCUCUCCUGGACCCUCAGUAACGGAACUCUCUCCCAACAAGGUCUGCAAAGAUCUGCCAACCCUGACGGCGAGACAGAAAAUCUGAUGCUUACAAUUGACGCAACGCCAAGCGAUGAUUCUUACGUCUGUACUGCCAUUCUGCCGGUGACAACCCAUGGAGAUGCGACUAUCAGCGUCAUUGUGAAUCUACCAUCAACUAGAAAUGCAACAGAUCCGUUCACUGGAGAUCCCGGUAGUAGAUCUUUAGGGAAAGUUGGCAUCGCCAUUAUCGUCGCCAUCUUACUACUCAUCACCUUAAUCAUCAUCUCCAUAAUCAUCGUCUUCAUUUGGAGGAGAAGAAUAAAGAAGAGUUAUGAACCGUUAAAUGGAGAUAUGAAAUUCAUUAAAGGCCCUGUUUCGUAUUUGGAGCUUUGGGAGCUUGUCGGAAAGUGUAACCCUGUGGCCAGGGAGAAUAUUGUAAACAGGUUGGUGAAUAAAACUCAGACAGACUCAGGAUUCGACGUCGUACGCUCUAACAUGUCUAAAGCUGAGUUCUACUAUGAACUCUGUAGAUGGAAGGAAACAACAACAGGAGAUCACAGUAUUCUCUCCAGAGCCAUAAAAAAAGUUUGGCUGAACGCCGAAAUACAUAUGCAAGAUGUCCGUGAUCGUACGUCAAAGGAAAUCUCUCUUGAUGAUCUCAAGCACAUUUGCUGGCACGUCCACGGUUGCAGGGAGAGAGUCAAGCCCAUUCUGCGAGCAUUGUACCCUCGGCAUGAAGGAAUCCCCAACUGCAAAGGUGAUUCCUGCGAUCAUGGUAAACCAAGAAACGCCGAAAUCAAGAAUGACCUGCAGUUAAUGAAGGCAUGGAAAGAACAUUCUAUGACAACGAAACCUGGAUACCAGGAACCUGAGGAGGAUCACAAUGAAGGGGAAAGAGUGCAGAUGAGACAACCAACUUCCAGAGGGAUUUGCUGCUGCCAUAAACAACCUAAAUAUCGGCAUGGUGAUGACAAGAAUGAGCAACAGCCAAUGUUUUCUGCACAGUCCGAAGAGGUAGAAUUGGGAGUAGAAAGAUCAUCACCAAACCAAAUGAUUCAACUUUGCUUAGCGUUAGAAAGAGCAGGAAAGGACGCACAUGGACCUGAUAAGGGAGUCUAUAUUCAACUGGCCAAAACUUUCUUCCGAAUUGAAGAUGAGUACAAGAGGGAAUUGGACAAUGAGGUCAUCAAGGAGUUUGCUCUGAGUAUCACCAAACAACACUACCAGAAUCUUGCAAAAGCCAAGAGAAUUUCAGCGGACUCCAUUGCCAAAAGAAAUGCUGAAGACCUCAAAGCGGUGUUCAAAACAGACGUUAUGCUUGAGGAAUGGGUACAGGAGCAAAAAUGCAGUAAUUAUGAAGUCAGGUGCAGACUGAGGCAAGCAGCAGAACAAUGCAAUCGUCAAGACAUCGCAGAUAUUUUCAUAACCAGAGAACAGAGUGAAUUCCUGAUUCCCAUUACAACACAUCAAGCUUCCGUGACAAUUACCAAUGAGCGACGUCAGGGAGUUAGUGAAUCAAGACAAGUUACAGGUAUUUCCCAAGAUGAACUCGAGCGUAUUUGUCGCUAUGGGGGACGAGAAGCUCUUUCGACAUAUUGGCAUGAGCGGUACGGAGAUAGAAAACAUAAGAAUCUGGACUUUACGAUACUUUCCGACCACGAAAUCAUUUGUAUGCUGAAACCGGUCAUUGACAGUCAACAUCACGAUAUCGUUAUACAACAAAGAGAUACACGUGGUAAUACUAUAUUGUUUAUGAAACAGCUUCUACAGGAUAGGCAAAGCCCAAGAUAUAUUCUAAGACAGAAUCUGCAAAAUGAAGCACCACACUAUGCGUGUCUUAUUGCAAAAGUGAGAGAAGACAAAAUAUUCGAUGUAGAACUCGUUGAAUUAGCUCAUCGCCUAGUCCUAUCAGACGUUUAUCCCAUUGCCAAAUCACUCAACAUAAGUGAUGCAGAGCUUACUUGUAACAGACAUGAACUUGGACCAAACGUUCUGAGGGAAGGUACAGGAAAAUUGCUACUCGAGAUGAAUCAUACAGGCACACACGCAAUGGGCAUUGAAGAGAGGCUGGUAAUGGUGAAUGCUUUGAAGGUAGCGGGGUAUCUUGAAGAGGCAAGGUCGAUAGUGUUUGGAUUUGAAAUAAGCCUAGCGGAUGAAGCAGAAAUAGAAGAGAAGCGAGUUGAUCCAGCGAAAUUAGCAAAGGAACUCGGUGUUUCUGAUGAUUCCAAGCCAGUGGGUCCUGAUGGCAGAGAGGAGAGCUGUCAAUCUGUACUUCAAAGAUGGAGAAACAUUGUCCGCCACUCAUCAUUCAAUCAUCGCAUGGUUUUGGCUGAUGCUAUGUACAGUCUGGGCGAGAAGGAGCUUGCACUCGGUAUUAUCUCAGGAAAGUUUCGGAACAACGUCAUAAACAGCCAAGUAUCAAAAAUGCUAGCAAAAACCAUUCCAGAGGGAGUACAGGAUACACUGACUAGAGGCCUUGGCAAGAAGUUGGAAACAGAUUUAAACCCUCAUGAUAUUAUAACCGCCUGGGUGGCUGAAAAGAAGUUUUUUGGGUUUCUUCAAAAAAGUCCAAUAACAUUGAGCAACGAUCUUCUCAAAGAAGGAUUCUAUCCAUUUGCUCAUGAGAUAAUGGCAGGUGGAUGGAAAGGAAAGGAUGCGAUCAUAAGAGUAGAAUCUCCAGCAGAGGAGGCCGGUGAUGAGAACUAUGACGCCAGCAUGAGUUGUGAUCUGGAAGAUCAAGGUGAUGAACAAAAUGAAACAAAUGAUAAUGGGAUAAAGGAGAAUUCGCAACCAUCUCUCUCGUAUUCGGAAACGCUAGACCUUUUCGGAGGCCCAGAUGAUGAUAGGAUUGCCUUUCAGGCCAGAGCUAUGGUUCACUUUUAACUAUUAAAGUUGACCAAAGAUGCUGGACAUGUUGGAUGACCAGGUACAUGCUCCGAAACUAAUGGGAAUUGCCCUUGAGCACUGUGACCACGUGGUAUACGUAGCUUGGUGUGGCCUUUAAUCGGCCAUUAGCAAGUUUUCACACCGGUAAGCAGAACAGAUUCAAGAACACGGUAAAUGUAUUGAAAACGCCCGCUAAAUAACAAUGAACAACUGGGAUGUCUUCGUCGAGAUCGAUGAACCAGAACAGCAAUUCCUCCCUAAGUUUCGGAUCUUACGAAAAACGGCAAAUCUGUCGCUUGACAUGUCCAGGACGAAACGGCUGUUUGGAUUCACCAAUUUUCGACAACUUGAUGGUUUCUCUUUGUUAUGAAGGGCAUUUGACAGUACAUGUACAUUGUUAAUCUUCUUGAGCGCUCUGCUUCGUGGUGUGAAAACUCUUUACUGUUAUUUUAGCAGCACGUCGAGAAAGUGAGGUGUACGCCAGGGGGCCACCUAUAUUAUUAUUUUUAUUAUUGUAUUAUUACAUUGACGAGUUGAUACCAUGCGCGAACAAAAAAACGUAAAAGGAUGUCUUUUUCAAGAUAUGGCACGUUACGUACGUAACGUAAUGAGGGUGUCAAAAGGGGUAUCUGUUUCGCUAGGAAAGCUACGUGUUAAGGGUCAAAUUUGAGAGGGUAUAAAGAAGAAAAUGUUCUAAAAAGGGUGUACUUUUUGCUCCAACAGUUAAUACUACGUGUUUAGAGUACGAUUUGCGCGAGGUUUGGAAGGUGGGGCCGUACCAACCCAAUGAUUUGGGUAGAGGUAAAACCGACGACCGUGACAUAACAAUUAAACAUGUCGCUGUACUUGUUUAGGGGUUCAAUUCAGGGAAUACUUGCUAAGAGUAUCUUUUUGUUCCAAUACUUGUUAAGGGUAGGGUUUCACACGCCGAUAGUCAAGGGUGCAUUUUCAGCAUACGGAAAAUACUUGUUUAGGGUGUUUUUUGAUACCUAAUAUCGCGCAUUGUAUCCACUCGUCAAUGGUAGUUCAUCCUGGCAUGACUGGAGAGCCAGUGCAUGAACACUUACGGCACUUGCAUUGUGCUUAGCUGUUCUGCUGCAGAAUGCCCUGAUGUUGUUCUUGUUGGAUUCCAGGGGAAACCAGCAUAACAGUGUCAGUCAAGCUGAAUGUGGGAAAUCUACCGUACUUCAUCGGCCUACAGACCUUCUUAUAUACAGAAUAAUGCGACAUGACCUUGCCUGGCAGAGAUCCCAACUUAAACCAGAGAAAGGUUGGCUAAGGUCAACGAAAAUGGAUAAUCUGUCCUUUAUCAGGCAUUCGAACCUUUCGCAUCUACAACGGAAACACUCUCUAAAACGCACCAAUUCCUCUGAAAAUGCAAGUCAAAUCACAAUGGAGAGCUGAGGGACGUUUUGUCGAAAGUAGGCAGACGGGGACAGCAUGGGAAUCUCUUGACGCUGGACAGCGACAUUUGCAAUUGUUCGUCCGAUCUUCUAAUGAUCUGCUGCUCCAGUUCACCAAUUGUCUACAAAAGCCUCUCGCCUCUCCAUUGUAAUUUUAAUUUCCAUUUUCAAAGGAGUCGAUGCGUUGUAGAGAGUAUCCCCGUACAUGUAGUAAAUGCGAAGUCACCUUUGCCCUUCCUUUUAUACGUAGAUCAGUAAAUGGCAGCCUGUUGCGAUAUGCAACCGAAUGAAAAAUAUAAAUCUAGAUUUUGUUUACAGGUGCCGCUUUUCCUACGGCAUCGGUGGCGUCAACCUCAAAUAUUAACUUAAGGUUAAGUUUUUAAAUGACAUCAUAACUUAUAGUAGUAUAUGGGCCUAGUUCA